AUGACACAAGAAUCAACCAAAGACACAAUGGAAACAACUACAGCUAUGUCCUCAAGUGCAACAGAAACUUCAACCAGUAUCUCGCCAGAACCAAGUCCCUCACAACCUUCUACAGUUACCAGUGAGACUGCCACUACAAAUGAACAAACUUCAGCAGUCACGGACGGGCAAAUAUCAGCCACCACCAUUGGACUCUCAUCUACCCAGGGAACUGAAAGUACAACUACACAGCCAACGGACACAACAACUGAAGCUGGAACGACCCAUGAUGAGCACACAACAAAGGCAGAAAUGACAACAAUGCCAGCUGAAGCAACAACCACUGUCACACAAGAACCAUCGGCUAGCCAAGAGACUUUGACAAGCCCAUCUUCCUCAAUGACUUCUGGUCACACAACAACGCCCUCUGACGUUACGAGUGAGUCUCUUACUAGCACUGCUGGAACCUACACUCCAAGUGAGGCAUCAACAACAACUUAUGAAGCAAAAACAUCUCCUGAAGAAUCAACAGCGACCACAGAUGGUUUAACAACUGCAACUGUGGAAGCUACGUUUUCAACAUUGGGAGUGACUAUGACACAAGAAUACACCAAAGACACAAUGGAAACAACUACAGCUAUGUCCUCAAGUGCAACAGAAACUUCAACCAGUAUCUCGCCGGAAACAAGUCCCUCACAACCUUCUACGGUUACCAGUGAGACUGCCACUACAAAUGAACAAACUUCAGCAGUCACGGACGGGCAAAUAUCAGCCACCACCAUUGGACUCUCAUCUACCCAGGGAACUGAAAGUACAACUACACAGCCAACUGACACAACAACUGAAGCUGGAACGACCCAUGAUGAGCACACAACAAAGGCAGAAAUGACAACAAUGCCAGCUGAAGCAACAACCACUGUCACACAAGAACCAUCGGCUAGCCAAGAGACUUUGACAAGCCCAUCUCCCUCAAUGACUUCUGGUCAAACAACAGUGCCCUCUGACGUUACGAGUGAGUCUCUUACUAGCACUGCUGGAACCUCAACUCCAAGUGAGGCAUCAACAACAACUUAUGAAGCAAAAACAUCUCCUGAAGAAUCAACAGCGACCACAGAUGGUUUAACAACUGCAACUGUGGAAGCUACGUUUUCAACAUCGGGAGUGACUAUGACACAAGAAUCAACCAAAGACACAAUGGAAACAACUACAGCUAUGUCCUCAAGUGCAACAGAAACUUCAACCAGUAUCUCGCCAGAACCAAGUCCCUCACAACCUUCUACGGUUACCAGUGAGACUGCCACUACAAAUGAACAAACUUCAGCAGUCACGGACGGGCAAAUAUCAGCCACCACCAUUGGACUCUCAUCUACCCAGGGAACUGAAAGUACAACUACACAGCCAACUGACACAACAACUGAAGCUGGAACGACCCAUGAUGAGCACACAACAAAGGCAGAAAUGACAACAAUGCCAGCUGAAGCAACAACCACUGUCACACAAGAACCAUCGGCUAGCCAAGAGACUUUGACAAGCCCAUCUCCCUCAAUGACUUCUGGUCACACAACAGCGCCCUCUGACGUUACGAAGUGAGUCUCUUACUAGCACUGCUGGAACCUCAACUCCAAGUGAGGCAUCAACAACAACUUAUGAAGCAAAAACAUCUCCUGAAGAAUCAACAGCGACCACAGAUGGUUUAACAACUGCAACUGUGGAAGCUACUUUUUCAACAUCGGGAGUGACUAUGACACAAGAAUACACCAAAGACACAAUGGAAACAACUACAGCUAUGUCCUCAAGUGCAACAGAAACUUCAACCAGUAUCUCGCCGGAAACAAGUCCCUCACAACCUUCUACGGUUACCAGUGAGACUGCCACUACAAAUGAACAAACUUCAGCAGUCACGGACGGGCAAAUAUCAGCCACCACCAUUGGACUCUCAUCUACCCAGGGAACUGAAAGUACAACUACACAGCCAACUGACACAACAACUGAAGCUGGAACGACCAAUGAUGAGCAAACAACAAAGGCAGAAAUGACAACAAUGCCAGCUGAAGCAACAACCACUGUCACACAAGAACCAUCGGCUAGCCCAGAUACUUUGACAAGCCCAUCUUCCUCAAUGACUUCUGGUCACACAACAGUGCCCUCUGACGUUACGAGUGAGUCUCUUACUAGCACUGCUGGAACCUCAACUCCAAGUGAGGCAUCAACAACAACUUAUGAAGCAAAAACAUCUCCUGAAGAAUCAACAGCGACCACAGAUGGUUUAACAACUGCAACUGUGGAAGCUACGUUUUCAACAUCGGGAGUGACUAUGACACAAGAAUCAACCAAAGACACAAUGGAAACAACUACAGCUAUGUCCUCAAGUGCAACAGAAACUUCAACCAGUAUCUCGCCGGAAACAAGUCCCUCACAACCUUCUACGGUUACCAGUGAGACUGCCACUACAAAUGAACAAACUUCAGCAGUCACGGACGGGCAAAUAUCAGCCACCACCAUUGGACUCUCAUCUACCCAGGGAACUGAAAGUACAACUACACAGCCAACUGACACAACAACUGAAGCUGGAACGACCCAUGAUGAGCACACAACAAAGGCAGAAAUGACAACAAUGCCAGCUGAAGCAACAACCACUGUCACACAAGAACCAUCGGCUAGCCAGAUACUUUGACAAGCCCAUCUCCCUCAAUGACUUCUGGUCACACAACAGUGCCCUCUGACGUUACAAGUGAGUCUCUUACUAGCACUGCUGGAACCUCAACUCCAAGUGAGGCAUCAACAACAACUUAUGAAGCAAAAACAUCUCCUGAAGAAUCAACAGCGACCACAGAUGGUUUAACAACUGCAACUGUGGAAGCUACGUUUUCAACAUCGGGAGUGACUAUGACACAAGAAUCAACCAAAGACACAAUGGAAACAACUACAGCUAUGUCCUCAAGUGCAACAGAAACUUCAACCAGUAUCUCGCCGGAAACAAGUCCCUCACAACCUUCUACGGUUACCAGUGAGACUGCCACUACAAAUGAACAAACUUCAGCAGUCACGGACGGGCAAAUAUCAGCCACCACCAUUGGACUCUCAUCUACCCAGGGAACUGAAAGUACAACUACACAGCCAACUGACACAACAACUGAAGCUGGAACGACCCAUGAUGAGCACACAACAAAGGCAGAAAUGA